AUGAGAGAGAAAAGAAGGAAAAUAGCAUUGUUAAUUGAUAAUGCAACUUGUCAUGCUGUUUCUCUCAAACUUUCAAACGUCGACGUAAUAUUUUUUCCAAAAAAUACAAGUUCCUUAAUUCAGCCAUGUGACCAAGGGAUAAUAAAGGCAUUUAAGAAUCAUUACAAUAACUGGAUUAUGAAAACAAUUAUCUAUGAUAAAAAUCCUGCAGGGAAAAUAGAUGAAGCAAUAAAGGGAAUCACAAUAUUGGAUGCUAUUUCAUGUUCGAAAUUGGCAUGGGACGAGAUUACAGACACUUCAAUACAACAUUGCUUUGAAAAAGCUUUGGAAUAUGACUGUCGGGAAAAACAGGACAUCGAAGAAAGUCUGAUUAAUUCCGAUAUUGUGGAAAAUGCGAUUUUGAAGAGUUUCUGA